AAAAAGUGAAAUGAUGUAUACAUUUGCAGAAGGACCCAAACAAUCUGUUUGAACUCGACCCCCACCAAUGAACUUGUUCAAACUUGCUUGGAUGAGUGGGAAAACAACAAGACAAUUAGGAUGACCAAAACAAAUAGAAAUGAAGGCAAAUCACCAAGUGGCACAUGAUUUAGCCCAUUUUACAAAUUUUAUUUUUAGACUAAUCCUUUUCUAAUUCUAAUUGUUAAAGAACUUUUGACUAAUAAUCUCAUCAAAGAAGCGACACAUUCAUCCAAGUCAAGAGUCAACCCAGCAAUCCACAAACCCCCGAAAUCACCUCUCCCGCUUCAAACCGCUCCAAAUUCCCGAACGGCGCAAACUCCUCCGCCCGAAUCCAACAUGAUCACGAUCUGCAAACCUUCCUCCUUCCCGCCGGAGUUCGCCGGAAAAACACUCCGGCUAGCCUCCAAACCAUCCCUCUACACCCUCCUCCUCCUAUCCACCGUCUUCUUCCUCUACACCCUCCUCCCAAACAAAACCAGUCCCUUAUCAAGACCGCUCAUCACCGCCGUCAAUCCUCCUCCUCCUCCUCCUCCACCUCCUCCCACAAACCUCUCCCACAUCAUCUUCGCAAUCGGCGGCUCCGCUAACACUUGGAGCCGGCGGCGCGAGUACUGCGACCUCUGGUGGAACCCAGACAAGAUGCGCGGCCACGUCUGGCUCGACGCGGCGCCCACGCAAUGGCCAGACACGUGUCCCCCGUGGCGGCUAUCAACUGCGGCGGAGAAACCGGCUGCGCGGAUUGCGAGAAUUGCCGCGGACGAAUACCGAAUGGGGACGGACGGCGUGCGGUGGUUUGUGAUGGGAGACGACGAUACCCUAUUUUUCCCCGAGAAUGUCGCGGCGGUUCUCGGGAAGUACGAUCACGAGCAGAUGUAUUACGUGGGGGCCGCUUCAGAGAGCGUGGAACAGAACGAAAUGCAUUCUUAUGGCAUGGGGUUUGGGGGCGGCGGGUUCGCCGUCAGUUAUCCUGCGGCGGCGGCCCUCGCCGGAGCAAUCGAUGGGUGUCUUCGGAGGUACGAGAGUUUGUACGGCAGCGAUCAGCGCGUGCACGCUUGUUUCGUUGAGAUUGGUGUUCCGCUCACGAGGGAGCCGGGGUUUCAUCAGAUAGACCUAAGAGGAGACAUCUACGGGAUGCUGGCGGCACACCCGAUCGCACCGCUGCUGUCUCUCCACCACCUCAGCUCGGUUCCGCCGAUCUCCCCUCGCUUCCGCUCCCGACUCCAUGCCCUCCGAUCGCUCAUCAACGCCACACGUGCCGACGAAUCCCGCGCGCUUCAGCAAUCUUUCUGCUACCUUCAGGAGCCCCAAAUCAAGUGGUCGGUGUCCGUCUCUUGGGGAUACACGGCUCAGAUCUAUCCAUGGCUUCUAUCUCCCAGGGAAAUGGAGAUUCCCAUACGAACCUUUGGGAGUUGGAAGAUGUUGGAGAGAAGGCGGUUUACGUUUAAUACGAGGGAGUUAGCGCCUGCGAGCCGGCCGUGCGAGCGGCCGGUGAGGUAUUUUUUGGAGAAGGUGGAGGAGGGGAGGGAGGGUACGGUGACGGAGUAUGGGAGGUAUGGUUGGGGGGAUGAAGGAAGGGAGAGGUGUGAGAGGUUGGGGUUUGGGGUUAAGGGCAUGGUGGACAAGGUGAGGGUUACGGCUCGCAGAAUGGAUCCUAUGGCAUGGAGAAAGGCACCAAGGAGACAAUGUUGUGAGGCAAAGAGGGAGAAGCAUAAGGUCAUUGAAGUUCAUAUUAGAGAUUGCCGUCCAUACGAAAUUACUUCGCCGAUAUAAUUAUUUUAUUUUUUUUUAUAAGGUGGUAUUUGAUAAUACCGCUCCCCAUAUAUGUUAUCCAUCCCCGUAGGGAUUGAACCAGAAUCAGAAAGGUCUUACGACUGACAACGCAGCUGUCAACCAACUUUCCACUCA